GGCAGGCCCGGCCGGGCCCGGCCGGGGCGGGGCGGGUCUCAGCGGCGGCCGGGAGCAGCGGGGUUCGGCGCGGUACCUGCGCGCUCCGAGGGGACCGGCGAGUGACGGAUUCAGGCAAGGCAGGGAGACGCUGCCUGCAGGCACCUCGGCUUCUAGCUCGGUGCUUGCUGCCACCGACUUUCCCAGAGAGUACAGAGAGGCACAGGUGCAGCCGCCGCUGAGGCUGUACACGCACGGUCAUCUGUGAGAACUGGAGAAAUGGCUAAACUGACCCAGCUAAUUGACAAUGAAGUCUUCCAGGCUUAUGCUACCUAUGCAGCUAUUGUUCUUCUAAAAAUGAUGUUAAUGAGUUUGAUAACAGCAUACUUCAGAAUCAGAAGAAAGGCAUUUGCCAACCCAGAAGAUACAGCAUCAUUUGGUAAAGGCGAGAGUGCUAAAAAAUACCUGCGAACUGAUGUAGAUGUUGAACGUGUGCGCAGAGGCCACCUGAAUGACCUCGAAAAUAUUGUCCCAUUUCUUGGCAUUGGACUGCUGUAUGCUCUUAGUGGCCCUGAGCUGUCCACAGCCUUGCUGCAUUUCAGGAUCUUCGCUGGGGCUAGGAUCUUUCACACUAUUGCAUACUUGACUCCUCUUCCCCAGCCUAGCAGAGGUUUGUCUUGGGCAGUUGGGUAUGUGGUUACCAUCUCAAUGGCAUACAAAGUGCUGAAGACUGGGCUGAACCUGUAACGAAGCCGUAACUUCUAUGUAUCAUUUGACAUUCCAUGUGAAAUUUUCAGUAGUGUGUGUUGAUAUCUUGAAUGAGCCAUUGUAAGUUUUACAUGGUGACUAGAAUUCAGUUUUUAACAGAGGCUUUUCAUUCCUGUUUAGAAGUGUUUCUUUUUAGAGGGGAGAAAAAAAAUCCUUCUCCCUAUAUUCCUUAUUCAUGGGCUGCAUUGCCAAAAUACUAGAUUGAAUUUUCUCUCUGUGAUUUGUCAAAUGCUUAUGAUUCUAAACAUAUGAUGAUGCUGUAUUGAUAGCAUGUGUGGUAAUUUUCUACAGAUGCACUAUUUUUGGCUGUAGCUCUGAAGUCUAAAUCAAUAAAGACAAGAGAAAAAAAGUG